UGUCACACAUGCCAGAGCUGUCCUUGAAUGUGGCGCAGAGCAUCGCUGGGCUUCCAGCGGCGUUGGCGAUCCGGGAAGACCACACGUUCCGAGUGGCCGGCUUCGUACAAGAAGACCGUGGAGGAAUGGCUGGUUCGAUCAGAUGGGUCGCCAUCUGCAGCAUCUGCAGCAUCUGCAGCUGAUUCGCAGAGAGUGGAGCCAGAUGUGGAGGCAAAUGAGGAAGACAUGGUUCGAAGACUGCCAGUGCGCUUGCUUAGCACUGCGACGCAGACCCACGCGCUGGCACAGAGAAUCCUGGAAUCCGACCAGCACAGUAUUGCGGUGGAUUGUGGUGGGGAGAAGAUGGGGCGCUUUGGCAAACUCGCAUUGGUUCAACUUGCGACAAAGGAUGAGAUGUUUUUGAUUGACGUUGAGAUGGGUGGGGAAGACAUCGUCCAGCCUUUGAAGCCCGUUCUUAUGAACGUGGGCUUGGUGAAGGUGUUUCAUGACUGCCGAGAAGCGGCAUCGCUUUUGCUGAAUCAAUAUCACAUCCCCAUCUAUUCUGUGUAUGACCUGCAGGUAGCUUUCACUGCAUGGUUGGAAAGAGAAGGCUUGGAGAUAUACCAAGCAGGGUUGGCUGAGAUCAUGCGGACCUUCUCCUUGAGUGCAUAUAGAUUGCAUCGUUGGGAUCGGCUGGAGCGGAGUGAAAUUCCUUCACCAAAGUGGCACGAGCGACCCCUACAACCUCAAGUCAUUCGCAAAGCCGUUCAAAACGUGGCACACUUGCUCCCUCUGCAAUCCACUCUGAACAAAGAGCUUGGAGACCCCUCUGGAACUCUGAUACAAAGGAGAAGUAUGCACUAUCUGGAAUACGCCAAUAUGAAUAGCAAAGAGCUUCCUUCAGAAACUGCUUCUCUCAGAAGUGGUGUAAAAGUGAAAGCAAUGCUAGUGUCCAAAAAACCAGGUGCUGCAUAUUUCAAGCUGAACCACUCUGUAACAGGGGCUGUCCUUGAAGACGAAGAUUUGAAGGAGUUUGUAGAUUUGAAGCCCGGGGAUGUGGCUGACUGCCAGGUGAAGUCAGUGAGUCCUUGCCAAAGUUUUGCACAUUUGCAACGCGAGGGCCAUGGGAAUCUCUGGUUUGAUCGACAUCAAAGUCGAAUGAUGAAACUUCCCUCACAGGAACAGAUGGAUGAGGCACGGCCCAGAAGACAAUCGAGUCUUUAUGGACACCAGGGCGCACCUGGUCGACCUAACUUGCAAGAGGAUCGCAGAAGCUUUCGUGAGCAGAAGCCCACUGUUGUACACAAACUUGGAAAGAGGGGUGCGGUCAAGGUGAAAAAAACCGGCUUCACUCCUCCAGCUCCUCGCCAACGCUACGCAGGAUGAAAACGUAUGAAGCAGAGAUUGUGCCAUGGAGUGCAU